AUGAUUGUUUCUUUUGAUGUUUCAGGUCUGAAAGCAUUCAACAACUGAUGAGUGACCAGCUCAUGCAUUUAUAAAAGGAAGUGAAGAAAUGGAACGCUGGGUUUUAGAGGGCGACAGCUACUCGUUUCUUCGCAGUGCUCCACACACGUUCAACCUGCAGAGUCAUGAAGGGCCAAAUCGUGUGGAGAUCUUUGACAUCACUUCAAUCCCCAGCCAUCAUAAUGCCAUAUCUGAAACAACCUGCCUGUGUGACAUUUUUGGGGAUGAUGGCGAGUCUCCGUCACUUUCCAGUAGCCCAGCCUCUGCCACAUUUAUCAGGAGGGAAGUGGAUCAGUCUUUUCCAGUAGAUGAUGCCAAUGACUCUUUAGGAUCUUACCACACUGCCAAUGGAUCUGACUUAAGCGACAACGCUGAAGUCACUUACAACACACCUUCUCCAGAAAAUACACCAGAUUUUUCCACAUCUGAGACCAGGGAAUCACGUUCACCACCAACUAAAUCACCCAUCUUGUCUGAUUCCAAAAAUGGACUUAACCAACUAGACAGCACACCACCUGCAUCCAAAGUCAAUAGUAAUGACCUUUCACAUACAGAUAACUGGGAAGAAUCCCAAGUGUCAGUAAUCACUACCCCAGUGAAUGAAAUGGCAAUCACAAAUGCAUCUGAACCACAGUAUGUGAAUUCAACACCAGCUACCACCCUGAUUAAUCCGGCAAAGAAACCUUCUAAUCCUACAUCCUGCUCUUCAGAAGAGAAAGAACCUGCUGUUUUUGAGCAAGAAGGAAUUAUUAAAACACCUCAACAUAUAAGCACAAGCCCAGUUUUAGAUAAACAAAUAUUUGAGUCAGACUGUGAAUCUUUGGCAGUAUCUCCACUUGAACAAAAUGUUGUUAUGUCUUCUGAGGACAAAAAGAGCAUGAUCUAUUGUAGUCCACGAGAGCAAAACAUUCUUUCUGUGCAAGGGACGAUGAACAGUGGCUCUGCAUCAGAACUGUCAAAGCCUUCUCCAACAGAUUGCAGCCUUAUGCAGGAAAUGUCUACUUCACCUUCAAACAGAGAUAUUAACUUUCUACCCAUAUCCAGUGUCAUGCCAGAACCCAGAUUGACCUCCACCUCCCCUGUAAUCAGGGAAACUACCUCCACACCUGCAUCCACAGGUAGAUCUUCACCUGAGCUGCUGAAUUUGUGUCCAACUCAAGUUAGGAACACAUCGGAGACUCCAGACUUGGAGGACACUUAUGGUGCUACUUUAUCUGUAUCUACACUGCCUACCAGUGAUAAUGUGGAAAUAGAUUCCCUAACUGUGUCUGACAUUUCUACUGAAACAAGAGGACUGGUAUAUUCAUCCAUAGAUGGAAGAGAAAAACUGGAAUCACCUGAGUUCAAUGAAACCUGCUCUUCUCCUGAUCACUCAGCACCUGCUCACUCACAAGAACCAGUACUGAUUCACUCCCCUGUAGGUUACACCAUCAGUCCAUCACCAACAUAUGAGAAAAUAUGUUCUUCAGUCGAACCUGAAGACUCACCAUCCUCCCCUGUAUCACCUGAGAUCAAUGAAACCUGCUCUUCUCCUCAUCACUCAGCAUCUGCUCACUCACCAGAACAAGUAAUGAUUCACUCCCCUGUGGGUUACACCAUCAGCCCAUCACCUACAAAUGAGAGAAUCGUUUCUUCGACUGAACCUGAAGACUCACCAUCCUUCCCUGCAGUCACACGGAUUGAAUACAGGGAUAUUUGCUCUUCUCCUGAUCACUCAGAACCAGUAAUUAUUCACUCGUCUCCAUGUUACAACAUCAGUCCAUCACCUACAAAUGAGAGACGGGUUUAUUCAACUGAACCUGAUGCCUCAACAUCUUCCCCCUGUGAUCACAGUGAUACGCACUCCUCUUCUAAUCACUCCAUUCCAGCUCACUCACCAGAACCUGAAAUAAUGAUGGGUUAUACCAUCAGCCCAUCACCUACAAAUAAGAGAAUGUUUUUUUCAGUGGAACCUAAUGACCUACCAUCCUCUUCUGCCAUCACUGGAACUGAUUACACAGCAGCACCAACAUGCAGUAGAGAUUCCACACCUGCGUUAAGGAGCAUUACCUCCACUCCAAACAGCAGAGAAAAUUACCUUACACCAGAGCCCAGAUCCCCAGCCCCUUCACUGGAAUUGAGAUCAGUUACCUGCUCACCUGAAAUCAAAACAAUAUCAUAUAGUAUUCUGCCACAAAAUACAAAAUCCUCAGGCAUCACAUAUAAUGUUAUACCAACCGAAGAUUUAGCACAAUCACCUGCAGUAGAAACAAAUGUCUGUGGCAACUCUUCUGAAACUUCCAGCUAUCUUUUUGGAAAUGACACCUCUGUCUUACCUAGCUCAAGGAAACUUUUGCCAACACCAGAGAGUAGAUCAAGGCCCUCAUCAGCUACAUCAGACCAUACCAAACAAACAACACUAUCCUCUGAUCUCGAACCUGAGCCUUCCAUCACUCUUGGAAAGGCAGAAAAUCAGAGUUUAUCCAUAAUCUGUGAUGGAGUUAGUCAUCCCUUCUCUAACCCAAUAGACCGUUUUGAUUGUUUUGAUGACCAUGCUGACACAAAGACCCUCAAAAGCCUUGCAUUUGUCCCAGAUGAAUGUAAAGGCAGUGGACCACCAGUUCAGAUACUACAAGAUUCAAUCUCUAAAACCUCAGAUUCUGGAUCGUCCACAAUAAAAAUUGAGAAAAGUCAAGAAAUUGUCACUGACAACACAACUGAUUUAACAUUCUGUGGAACACCAACCUCCCCGUGUCCAUGGGAUGCAUCUCUACCAAAGCCAGUGGCAUCUGUAGAGAAGAAACAAUGCCAUGUUGAGGUUUUUGAUAGGAACAAGGGAACAGAAAUGUUGAAAAAUGAUUCCCCAAGCAGUGACAAGAGGCUUAGUCAAGUGCCUGUAGCAUUAAGAGAAAGCCCAGGGGUUAUCAGUAGGGACAAGGGUGGUGAAUUUGACAGGCAGCCAUACAGGGAAAAAGAGGAAAGUGGAAAGAAGGAGGGAGAGGGGGAGGAGACUAUGGGAGAGAGUAGUUACAGAGGGGAACAGGUUGAGCUGUCAUUCAGUGCCAGGAAUAGAAAAGGGCUUGCAGGCCACAGCCCAGCUCUCUCAAGUCGAGACCCAAAGUCGGGAAUUCCAGCUCGCUGUUAUUUUGAGUCGCACCCAACAACUUUGCAGCAACAGAGUCAGCUCAGAGCUCAGGGCUCACAACAAGAGAACAAGGGUGGUGCCAGGAGGCUCCUGUCAGCUGCCCAGGGUAAAUACAGCAGUGCAGGCUUUCUUCUUCCUGAAUGUUCUGGUGAGACCUCCAGCAUGGGAAGUGAAUUUGAUGAAGCAGACAAUGAAGUAAAGUGGUUUACAGAUCUGGCCUUCAGAAGCCUAUCUAGUCCUCAGGUGGAUUAUUUGGAUGUGUACAAUUCAAGCCACAGGUCCUCUACAAAUGUUUCACAGCCAUCGACUGUAGACAGCCCUGGUGCUGUUGCAUGGAUGACCUACGCAGAUUUACGUGGCUCAGCGUUACAUGAAAAUGAUGGUUCGUCUUUUUUACCCCGUGACGGCCUGGACCCAAACAAACGCUUUGAAAUGGGGAGUUUUGAGUGUGUGGAUGUUGCAUUAGAGAUCAAGGAAGAGUCCAGUAGAGGAAAGAGGACAGUACCUAAAAGGCAAAUCCAGCUGUUAAGGCGGAACACAAAUGAAUCAAAACAUAAAGGAAACAAUGAAAAUAUUUUGUAUUCACCCUCCACAUAUAGACGCUCAAAAGACGCACUUGUUCGUCAACAUAGCACGCCAGCUUUUGUGCAAGAGGAAGUUUCCAAGGAGAUGCCAGAUUCACCACAAAAUGACAGGAAAAAGACCUUGCAGAAGUCUGUGUCUUUAGAUGAUGGCUCCCCUAAGACACAAAUGGCAUCUUGCAUUAUCAAGAGUGUACUGUCAAAGAAAAUGCAGGAUGUGCAGAAAGAGACACCAAAAAGUACAGGCCCAAGUCCUUCUGGAGAUAAAAACAAACAUCCUGAUGUCAGCCCCAGUUCUUUUGAUGGUGUACCACGUACCAUGGAGAAACAUAGUUUAAGUUCUAGCCAGCAUUCUGAAUGUACUCUUUCAUCUGAAGAUUUUGCUGUCGGAGAGGAGAGAAUUUCACAUCGUCAGCCGAAGAAGUGUGCUCCAAAAGUUCCUCCAAAGCCAUUCUUAAGACCUGCGUUCUUUAACAAUGGGAAAGCUCAGGUAGCUGGCAACAUUGCAAGGGAAGAAACCAAGCCUAUAGUGGCCCCUCCACAAGUUGAUGACAAAAUAAAAAACAGCAAGAGUGAUAGGAAAGAGGGAGGAGGUAGCAACCUUGAAGAGAAGUACAAAAGUGACUCAGCAAAUGCCAGUAUCAGUAACACAAGUCCUGUUAUUGCUACACCAGCAAUAAGCAUGCAGAACAGAAUGACAACCAGAGACAUAAGAAAGCGCCAGAUGACACCGGAAAACCAGGAACAACUGGCUGGAAAGAGUGUAUUUAUGUCGAAAACCCCAGAGAUAACUUUGAAACCUUCUAUCAAAGGAAAAAAGACAUCUUCUCUGAAAGUGUCUUUGUCCCCUGACUUGGAACAGUCCAGAGAAAUAUCUGAAUCUCAGGCAAUGGAGAAAGCUGCAGAAGAUUUAAGCACCAAAUCUACUAAAGUUUUAGAGACAGAAGACGAUGAUGACAGCAACAAAAAAUCUGUUAUACAUAGAGUUAGGGAUGUGAGGAAGUUAGUGAAAAACACAUACAACCUGUCUUUCAAAGCAUCAAAUUCAACAUCUACUGCAGAAGAGACAGUGAUUCAAGGGAAAAGAGAGAAGCCGCCGCAAACUCCUCCAGCCUUGCACAUUGAAUGUAAAGCCAUCAGUUGGAAGGACAAACAAACAUCAGGCAGCAAAGCAAUCCACUGUCAUGAUGAAAAACUGCCUGUUGACAUAUCAAAAAUAUCACAACCAUGGGUGUGCGCAGAGACAAAAAGAGAUGCUGACAUCACUGAAAUAACAUCCAAAGGCUCUUCGCCAAAGACUGAGUCAAAACAAAAAGCACCAUAUUCUCACUCUACAACCACAGAUGGAUUACGUGAAUCAGAAAGUAUCAAUAAAAGAUCUUACAUUCACUGUGAUCAGAGUUCUAAGAUGCCCCCUAGACCCCCAAGUAAGGAGCGAGAAGUUUCUGCGUUGGUGGUUGUACCGGAUUGCACAUCCAAGACAAAGACUGUUUCCCCUACAAUCCUAGACUCUACUCAAAUGACAGCUGCAAGCAGCAGCCACUCCGUAUCCAUGCUACUGAAAGAAAAAGGGAUGCAGGCUGACAUUGGAAUGUGUGAUGUUCUCACUGAAGGUGCAAGUGCUACAGCUAAACAUGUCAACAGGCUUGAGGUACCUGUACAGGCGUGUUUAUCAGAAAGCAUUUCAAGUGAAGUACAAGUAAAGGCAGAAAAUACAUUAUUGCCUUGCAAUCCAACAGCUUUAGUCAACAAUUCGUCAAGAACAUCUCAACCAAGUGAGAGUCCCAAGGGAACACUGACAGAAGAACCUUCAACAAAGGAACAAGAAAAAAAGAAAACUGCCACCACAACUAUGACACAAAUUCCAACUUAUUUAGCAACAUCUGGCAAGCCAGAGGUGAGGUCUUUCUCAGGCAGUACAAAAAAUAAUGCCACGCCAGUGAAUGCAUCAAAAGAGAUUGAGUUACCCAUACAAGUGAGAUCAAUAUCCACUGAUAGACUAAAGCCAUUUGUACCACCAAAACCUAGCUAUAAACAGUCAUUUGCAGAAAUUAAGUCAGUGUCAAGUGACCCAUCAAAAGCAGAUUCUCAAGCAUUGUCUGUUAUUAAACCGCAAACAAUAUUAAGUAGUGAAUCAAAGAAAAAUGAAACCCCAUCAACAGUGACACACAAGGAUCAACCAAACGAGACUUCAUCAAGAGAUACAAAAAGACUGGCUGUAUCAGCUGUAUCAAGCUGCAAACCACCAUCCAUCCCAGUCACAACAACUCCAAGUGUUGUGCAAAAAUCCACCACAAAGACACUGGCCAGUCUGGAUCAACAGCAAUCUUCUACUUUCUUGCAAACAACCAGCACUUGCCAGCAGCAGACCCCAUCAUUCAGUCAAGACCAGUCACCCCAGUCAAUGCUAGAUAGUUCCUUUGCUUCUAACUCAUCAGGACCACAAGCCCUUAACCACACACCAUCUGUGACAAGAGCGUCAUCUAAUAAUCGUUUUCACACAGAUGACUAUCUUUUCUACGCUUUAGAUGAUCCUCCCAGCUAUGAUGAGCGGGAGAGUUUCAGCCCGCUACGGCUCUCAGACUUACCCCCACAUAGGUCAUGCAGGUAUCAUCCAACAACUAAGCAAUCUUCUUGCUCCUGCACGCCAAGUUCUCAUUCGCAUCAAGGACAUCCCAACAACAGUCCACAGGAACGGGUACCAGCAGCCUCUCGGUCUCCAGGCCAAGUCCUUACCUGUCCCGCUGCUCCUCCGCAAGCUCAAGUACGUCCUCAUCAGUGCAGACCAGAUGGUCUACCAGUCUCCAAUACUACAAUACCUCAUGCCUCAGCUUUGAUUCAGCCUCUACACAACCCACAAGCUUGCCCUGUUUCAAACUCACAAUCCUAUGGUGAUGACCAUCCACUAGCUUCUGGGCUGCAUGCAGAUAGACUCUCAGCCAGUCACCCUUCACCUCAGGCAGCAGGUCCUGCUCCCUAUCAUGAGUAUUCUCAUUCAGCUAACAUGUCUACUCUGGAUCCCAGGCCUCAGUUGUUUAAUCCUCAAGAUUUGCCACCAUCUUUUGGCCAUGAUUAUGCAAAUGAAGGUCCAGGUGGAGCUGGUGUAUUGUAUCCAGAGAAUGCAAGUGGGCUCAGCUGUGGCCAAGGUCCUCGUCGUGUCCUUCUUGAUCCUGAGACUGGCAAAUACUUCUACAUUGAGGUACCAAUGCAGCCACUCAGAAAAAUGCUGUUUGAUCCUGAAUUGGGCCAGUAUGUAGAAGUUCUCAUACCACAUCAGGCAAUGUCCCAUUCAGGGCUAUAUCCACCAGCUGCACCGCCCUACUCCUCUUUGCACAGUCCUGGGUUGUAUGCACCACAGUCCUGGCACCUGCCUUAUGCAGUGCCAUCUUACCCAGCAAUCUCAGGUACUGCCCCGCAAGUUCGCCAUCCGGAGCCACCUCCUGUGCCCACCACACUUCACCAGACUUCCUUAAGGUAUGGAAGCCCUGCAAGCCAGAUGCCAAAAAAUGAACCAAAAGGCCUGUCAUCGCUGGAUCAAAGCUAUCUAGAGAGCAUGUAUUACAUCGCCACUGGGAUGAAUGCAAGCCCAAAUGCAGCCCCUUCAGAUUGCUACCACAAGCCAUCAAGCAUGCCUCCUUCAGGGGGACGAAGAGCAUGAAACAUCAGUGGAUACAUGUGGUCUGUUUACAUUUGAAAUCUGUUCUAGUUGGCAGCAUUUUUAAUUUAACCCUUAAAUGCAUGAAUGUUU